UUUUUCUAAUUGCUCUCGUUUUGAACUUCGCCUGCAAAGGACUCUUGGCGUUUGAUAUUUUUUUCGGUGAUAUAACUCAGAGUGCGAUGCCCUGCUCUGCUACUAUUGUGAAUACUUGCAGAAUGACAUCAGCUGGCCCUCCACCAGCAAGUCCUCCAAAACCAGGAUCUUUCUCAGCACGAUACGAUGCUUUCAUCGCACGGUGGCCGAAGGUAUACGCGUUGCAUAGGAUGGUAGUUGAUGGUUCUCGUUGGUGUUUUUCGGAUAUUAAGACAUAUAUCCGAUUAAAACGUGAGCUAUCCUCUGACGCGAGAUCAUUGGAGAGCUUAAGCAUGCCCGAAUUGGAGGUGCUCGUGCAAAGUGGUGGCGAACUGGCGAAAAUGCUUGCACUGGUCGUCGUACUCCAAAUUCCUGGCCCGGGUGACAUCCUCAUUUUACUGCUUAUUUUCUUUCCGCGUCUCAUCUUAACACGUCAUUUCUGGAGUGAUGCCCAACGGAAGAAAUUCUUCCAGAUAGAUGUUGAACGAUCUCUCAAAAAUUGUUCGCUUCGUUCUCUGAUAGGGGAUCCAUCAUCUGUCGAACAAAUACGCUUGACUAACCUCGAUCAGCUGAAUUUCGAGACAUUGGCUUAUAAUGAGAAUUGCGAACUCGCUAAAGAGCUUAUUAACUUAUAUUAA